UAAACAACACAGGGGACAUAAAUAUAUAUAUAUUUAUAAAACUCAUCACAGUUGAACCGUAAACAGAACAAAGUCAUUAAACUCCAUGACAACCAUACUGUAGAACUUAUCGUUGUCAUAGAGACAUUAUGACAUCACAAUCGGUGCCUAUAAAACGCUCAGCCAGAUGAAACUGGUAUCAUUUGACUGAUCUGAACGCUUGCCUUUGGUUGACUCCGAACGCUACUGUACAGAUUAUCAAGUGAAUUUGCAGACUUUCAAAUAGUUCGCAACUUUAAACUGCUUGACGCACUGUGUACGGACAGACAGUUUACUUAGAUUUCAACCCUCUGUGAACCGAGUCUAAGCACAGUUAAGUCUGCAGUUAUCUUUUCACAUCAUGUUUCGUCCUGUAACACCAUUGUCCGACAAGGACAUGGAAGGAGCAGAUGUUGAAAAUAUGGAUCUGCCGAAUGCUGUGCCGAACUUUGACUAUGUCCCUGAUUUCGGACUUUCGUCACAAGUCGGGCGCGCUGCCGGUUGUUUAAAUCCAUUUGAAGGAGGAGAGGAGGAGGAGGAGAUGGUGGAUGUUUAUCCAACACAUGAGGCGAAACGCCAAAAAGUGUUGGGAUGGAGAUGUGAUGAUGGUGGAAUGGAUUUUGUCCUACCAAGUGCGGUCCCUGACAUUGUCCCGAACAACGGACAUUUGUUAGACAGACGCGCCGGGAGUUCACAUCCACGAGGAGGAGUAAAGGAGUUUACUCCUGCAUUUGAGGAGGCGAACAGCCCCACAGAAAAAUGCGAGAAUAAAUUAUUGAAAUCAUUAAAGAAGGGAUGGAAUAAAGUAAAGCAGCCAUUCCUUCAUAAUGAUAAAGUGGAAACACUGAUUCCUUCAGAGCUUAAUGCAGAUUCAGAUAAUCCUAAUGUAAAGGAUGAUGCUGCUCUGGCGAGCUCUGAAUUAAACAAUAAGAUCAAACCGGAAAAACAACGAAUGGCAUUCUUUGACUGUCUCUGGAGGGGCAAGGUGGAGUCAGUGCCGACUCCCCUGCUUAAAGCGGAUCCAGCUAUCCCUGAUGUUAGGGAAGUUGUUGAUCUUGCAUCACAGUCAAAGACCUACGUUGGUCCGAAGAAGCAGAAAGAAAAGGCUUCAAAGAGCCGCAAAUCUAACCUCCAGGGAGAAAAAGUGACUGUUGUGCCAACUCAACAGCCCAAGGCUAUUUCAGAUAUUCCUGUUGGCAUGGAUGUUCCUGCUCUGGCCGGCCCCCAAUCAAAACCAAAGAUUCGUCCGGAUAAAUGCAUGACAUUGACGCAACGCUUCUUUGGAUGCUUCCGGAGGGGCAAAGUGGAGUCGAUGCCGACUUCACAGAUUGAGGCCGAUCCAGCUAUCCCUGAUGCCAGGGAAGUUGUUGAUCUGGCAGAUUCUCAAUCGAAGAGUGUUGGCUUAAAGCAACAAAAACAAAAGGCUUCAAAGAGCCGCUCAUUUCACAACCCUUGGAGUAAAAAAGGGAAGAGUAAAGUGAAAAAAGAUGUCAAUCCAGCUAUUCCUGAUGCCAUGGAUGAUGUGGAUCUGGCCAGUUUUGGUGGCAUCGCUGCAGCCAAUGCCAGGCUACAGACGUUAGGUGCCAUUCCAGAGAAUAUUGGGUUAAAAGGUGGUGGAAAUCCUGACCCAAAUAAAGCAAAAAAUCCUGGGUCAAAAGAUGUUGGAAAUCCUGAGGCAAAAGGUUGUAAAAAUCCCAGGCCAAAAGCUCUUAAAGCUCUUGAAAAUCCCAGACGUUUUUGGGGUCCUAACCCAGGUAGAUUUGUAAUUCCCACACCAAAAGCUUUUGAAAAUCCCACACGUUUUUGGGAUCCUAACCCAGGUAGAUUUAAAACUCGCAGACGAAAAGUUGUUGGAAAACCCGCACGUUUUUGGAUUCCUAACCCAAGUAAAUUUAAAAUUCCCACACCAGAAGCUUUUGAAAAUCCCAGAGGUCCAUCGCCAGAAGAUGAUAAAGUUGUCAGGCCAAAAGCUUUUGAAAAUCACAGACGUGUUUGGAUUCCUAAACCAAGUAGAUUUAAAAUUCCCACACCAAAAGCUUUUGAAAAUCCCAGAGAUCCCUCGCCAGAAGAUGAUAAAGUUGUCAGGCCAAAAGUUAUAGAUGUUGUUCAACAAGCUUUUGAACCGCCAAGCGAGAAGAAACGAGUUAAUCGCUCAGUGCCAAGAGGUCCCACACCAAAAGCUUUUGAAAAUCCCAGAGAUCCCUCGCCAGAAGAUGAUAAAGUUGUCAGGCCAAAAGUUAUGAAUGUUGUUCAACAAGCUUUUAAACCGCCAAGCGAGAAGAAACGAGCUAAUCGCUCAGUGCCAAGAGGUCCCACACCAAAAGCUUUUGAAAAUCCCAGAGAUCCCUCGCCAGAAGAUGAUAAAGUUGUCAGGCCAAAAGUUAUGAAUGUUGUUCAACAAGCUUUUAAACCGCCAAGCGAGAAGAAACGAGCUAAUCGCUCAGUGCCAAGAGGUCCCACACCAAAAGCUUUUGAAAAUCCCAGAGAUCCCUCGCCAGAAGAUGAUAAAGUUGUCAGGCCAAAAGUUAUGAAUGUUGUUCAACAAGCUUUUAAACCGCCAAGCGAGAAGAAACGAGCUAAUCGCUCAGUACCAAGAGGUCCCACACCAAAAGCUUUUGAAAAUCCCAGAGAUCCCUCGCCAGAAGAUGAUAAAGUUGUCAGGCCAAAAGUUAUGAAUGUUGUUCCACAAGCUUUUAAACCCCCAAGCGAGAAGAAACGAGCUAAUCGCUCAGUGCCAAGAGGUCCCACACCAAAAGCUUUUGAAAAUCCCAGAGAUCCCUCGCCAGAAGAUGAUAAAGUUGUCAGGCCAAAAGUUAUGAAUGUUGUUCAACAAGCUUUUAAACCGCCAAGUGAGAAGAAACGAGCUAAUCGCUCAGUACCAAGAGGUCCCACACCAAAAGCUUUUGAAAAUCCCAGAGAUCCCUCGCCAGAAGAUGAUAAAGUUGUCAGGCCAAAAGUUAUGAAUGUUGUUCAACAAGCUUUUAAACCCCCAAGCGAGAAGAAACGAGCUAAUCGCUCAGUGCCAAGAGGUCCCACACCAAAAGCUUUUGAAAAUCCCAGAGAUCCCUCGCCAGAAGAUGAUAAAGUUGUCAGGCCAAAAGUUAUAAAUGUUGUUCAACAAGCUUUUGAACCGCCAAGCAAGAAGAAACGAGCUAAUCGCUCAGUGCUUAGAGAGCCUUUUGAUUCUAUAUAUCAACUCUUGUAUGAAGUGCUUGGGCAAGGGUGCGGUGGCAGAGUGUACAAAGGGAUCCGUAUAUCGGAUAACACUCCGGUUGCCAUCAAGCAAAUAAACAAACGAAAGUAUGAAAGGACUCUUCAGAUUCCUGGAUACCCCAAACCACUUAUUACAGAAGUGGCGCUGAUGCUUAAGUUAAGAGAUGCGCCCUCAUGCCCCAAUGUCAUACAGAUGUAUGACUGGUACGACACUAAACACUUUUACACGCUCGUGUUGGAGUACCCACUGCACAGCGAAUCCUUGUGGGAUUUUGUUACAAAUCAUAGAGGACUUAGGGAAAAUACAGCAAGACAUCUCAUGCGUCAGGCGGUACUGGCAGUGAAACACUGUCUGGAUAAUGGAGUUUUUCACACCGACCUCCAUGCCAGUAACUUCUUGGUGCAGCAAUCAACAAUGAGCCUGAAGUUAAUUGACUUUGGGGCUGGACAUUAUCUGACGCAUGAGGCAUAUAAGACCUCCGACUUUGUAGGAGCUCCAUGUUGCACCCCGCCUGAGAUCAAAACAGCUAAGAAAUUCCACGCCGUGCCAGCAAACGUCUGGGCCUUAGGUACUGUGCUGUACUUCAUGGUGCUUGGAUCUUUGCCCUGUCUUUUAAACGACUUUAAUUCCGGGUGUCUGAAGACAAAUGAGAAGGAUUUAUCAAAGGAAAUCUGUGAUCUGUUAAGUUGGUGCCUGGCCCUGAAUCCAAGUGAUCGUCCGACGCUCAAGCAGAUCUUAGAUCAUGACUGGUUUAAAACUAAGUCUGACAAAGAAGAGCUACUCGUGUACAAAAUCAGGGCAAUAUCCACACAAAAAUGAAAAGGAUGAAGCUGAAUGACUGAAGGAGAGGGGAAAUGAUUGGAGAUACUGUUUUCAUCAUCCUGAGACGUAUGGAGUUUGAAGGAGGUUGUAUUUCAGACUUCAUGAACACAGACCGCUGGCUGAACAUCUGAUGCAGAUCCUGUCUCAUCCUUGAACACAUUAAAAAAAAAUCAAUUCUUAAUGUUUUUAUUUUUCAAAGUUGUAAAAUAAAGUAUCUAAUAUAUAGUAAGUUCUCUAUAGAAUCAGCUAUGUCUGGCUCUCUCUCGGGUUUUUUUUCUCCUAGGAGUUUAGGGAGUCAGGUUUAUGAAUGUAAAGCUGCUUUGAAAUAAUUAAACAAUUGUGAAAAGUGCUACAGUAUAUAAAUAAAAUUGAAUUGAAUAUGGAA